CUUUCUACUAAACAUAAGCGAAGAUUAGGUAAACAAUCAUAAAUCGUCUUUGUAAAAACGUUAAGAUCAAUAAAAAAUCGUUGACGGCACCUUUUUUUGACUGUUCUCGGCUUUUGUUCACCCUCUUUUGUACUACGCUGCCCCAACGGUAGGCUCCGUUUGGCUCUGGGUCAUUUUUUUGUUAUGGUCUAACGAUUAUAAAAGACCAAACGGAUCUCUUGGGUAUUCCAAAAGACUUUGAUGUAAGAAAAAUAGAGAGGAAAAAAAAUCGUUGAUAGUGAGAACUCCAGCAGAUAUUCACAACUUCCCCAGAUUUGAGUAUAUACGGACAAGUAGUCAUUGCAGCCUUGUCAUGACUCAAGAAUUGAAAAGCAAGUAUCAGGAUAUCAAGUUCCAAGUUAAGUUGAUUCAUUGGUCUGAUUAUGAACAUGAAAGUCCAAUUUUAUUACAAGAUAUCAAUGGACCAUGUCCAUUAAUUGCCUUGGUAAAUACGUUAAUACUAAAAUACGAGAUUAAGUAUAGAAAUUAUCAAAUAAAUUCCGAUUUCACUAAUCCCGAUAAGAAAGAAGAGGAUGAUCAACUAAGAAUAUUCGAAAGUAUUGGGAAUUUGAAAAAAUAUUUAAUGAAUAACGUUGAUGGUUCAGCUAGUAUGGAUAAACUUCUAUCACAAUUAGGAGAUAUUUUAUUGGUAUUCAAUGAUAUUGAUGAUAUAGAUGAUAAGGAAGGAGAGUCCCUCGAUAAACUAUUAGAAAGUUUGCCGUUGUUACAUACUGGAUUAACCGUUAAUCCAAAUCUUGUCACUGGAGAUUUCCCAUCUAAUGAAUUAGCAAGUAUACUAUUUAAGAAAUUCCACUUAACUUUCAAACAUGGAUGGAUUUUAGAUCAGGUAAACGAUGAAAAAUUCGAUGGGGAUUAUGGGAAAUUGGUUGAUAUAUUAAAUGAUCUACAAACUUUUGAUAAGAUUCAAGAUUAUUUAUUGAGUGAAGAUUCUAAUAAGUAUUUAGUUGAAAAAUGGUUAGAAUUGAAUAAAACUCAAUUAACUAAAAAUGGAUUGAAAAAGCUCAAUUUAAAUUUGAAUACUGAUAACUUUAUAAUCUUCUUUCGUAAUAAUCAUUUUGUUACUUUAUAUAAAAGAAGUGAUAAUGAUUUUUAUAUCUUGGUAACAGAUGCUAUAUUUAAUAAUAAAUCUUCAAAUAAGAAAAUUGUUUGGCAAUCCUUGAUAUCGGUUAGUGGGAUAGAUGACUUAUUUUUCACCGGGGAUUUCAUUCCUUCAUUUGGUGAUGAUACUUUUGAUGUUAUGAAUGAUGAAAAUGAUGAGAGUUAUAAAUUAAUCAAGCAAUUACAAGAAGAAGAAGAUCAAAGAAUGGCUCAAGAACUACAGGCCAAAUUAAAUCAUAAAAAAACUAUUGAAUCAAAAACUAUUGAAAAUGAUAAGAACAAGAAAAAAUUAUCUAAAAAGCAUUCUUUCACUGGUAGAAUUAAAGAUAGACCAAAGGAUAAACCAAAGGAUAAACCAAAGGAUAAACUAAAAGAUAAACCAAAAAGUAAAUCCAAAGAUAAAAAUGGCCAAUGUAUAAUUGUUUAAGUACGUA